AAAAAUCUGUGCUAUAUAGCAAAGUAUGACACAUUGUGGCUGGUGGAGUUGUGUUGUACCUAUUACAUUUUUUUUUAAGUUAUAUACAACAUUGCAAUUACCCUGGAGCCUCCCAAGGGAUGUACGCCUACAGACUCGGAGCAGGUCUCUCCCACACCAGCUAAGAAAGGAAACAGGAAAUGCUGUAUAUAGAACUGCAGGACACCAGAAAUAACAAUGCUACAGUACACUUGAACCAACAUGCAAGCUUACAUAAUGACAAGCCUGGAGUUUCCUUAUCAGAGGAGAAAACUCUAGGACCCACUGCUAGUCUCAGAUUUCUCUGGCUUUAAUUGGAUUCAGGAAAAAUUGGAAGCUAGUCUUCCCCAAGCACAAUGUCCGACAAGAAAGUUAAAACUGCAAAACUUACAAACAAGACAGCGGUGGGACCUAACAGCGAACCGGUGAAGGAUAAAGGACACAGUCGCCUGUCCUCUGAAUCCAAUGGGACCAGUGAAGGAGCGUCAGCACCAAAUGAACUGAGCGCACUUGAAGAAGCUUUCAGGAAGUUUGCCGUUCAUGGAGACACCCGAGCAUCAGGAAAAGAAUUGCAUGGAAAAAACUGGUCGAAAUUGUGCAAAGACUGUUGUGUCAUCGAUGGAAAGAAUGUGACUUUAACAGAUGUUGACAUUGUCUUCUCUAAAGUAAAGAAAAAAUCUUGCAGAGCAGUCACAUUCGAUCAGUUUAAAGAAGCUCUUGGUGAACUCGCAAAAAAACGUUUUAAAGACAAGCCUGGGGAAGAAGCUGUUGAGGAGGUUUAUAAACUGAUUGAAGGAAAAUCUCCCAUCAUAUCUGGUGUGACGAAAGCUGUGGCGUCUCCCACAGUAUCACGGCUGACAGACACGUCGAAGUUCACUGGCUCCCAUAAAGAAAGGUUUGACGCGUCUGGAAAAGGGAAAGGAAAAGCGGGCCGAGAGGAAUUGGUAGACAUGUCUGGUUAUGUACCUGGGUACAAACAUGCUGGUACAUAUGCUAAAAAAGUGAAAGGAUCAAAACAAAUCUAGAAAUGGCUCUUGCUUAACACUGCUGUAUACAAUUUCCAGAUCUUCCCAGUAAGUGAGACAUUUCUACACAGUGCCACUCUUCAGCAGAAUUACAGUUUACUGCUCCAAUAUAUUUCCAGGGUCCAACGUUCCUAAAGACUGGCUGAUUUUAAGCGCUAUAGAUUAAAUAACUACAAGACGCAAAUGUUCUCAAUCGGCAACAUUCUUCUGCCAUCUUCUUCUUGAAAAAACAGAGACACCACCUAAAGCAAAAAGAAUAUUUGUAAGAUUAGGAUGCCAGGAAUAGGAAGAAAAAAAAACGACAAAGAAAAAUGGUCAUGUCAACAGAAGAUUACUACACCUACAAAUUGCAUUUUUAUUUCUCUAUUUCCACAUACUGUAUACAUCAAUUGAAGGUUAAUGCAAAUAAGUACAUAAAGUUCUAACAAUUCAGGUAUUUUUUUUUUGCCAAACCUUUAAAAUACCAUUUGUUUCCAAGGAUUGAACCAAAGUGAAACAUGCUCUUUUCUUAGUCUUAAAGUCAGAAUUUGUGGCUGGCAUUUUGGGUUAAAUUCUUGUAUUUUUCUGUUAAGUCUCCUGUAAUUGUUUUUUUCAAAGUAUAUGUCCUGGUCAUAAAUUAUGUCAUUUUUAAUCAA